GAUUUCUAUCCCAGUAAUCACACCCACCACCUCAUAAAUAAUAAUAUAAACAUGUCUGCCGAAGGUCAAGAAGAAUUGUUGGACUACUCCGACUCUGAAGAAAUUGCCGUUCCAUCCACAACCGCCCCAACUGCCUCCACCGAGGGCGAAGGUGCCACUGAUAAGGACGCUGACAAAAAGGGUUCUUAUGUUGGUAUCCACGCCACUGGUUUCAGAGACUUUUUAUUGAAGCCUGAAUUAUUGAGAGCCAUUGGUGACUGUGGUUUCGAACAUCCUUCUGAAGUUCAACAAGUCUGUAUCCCACAAUCUAUUUUGGGUACUGAUGUUUUGUGUCAAGCCAAGUCUGGUUUGGGUAAGACUGCUGUCUUUGUCUUGUCUACUUUGCAACAAUUAGACCCAGUUCCAGGUGAAAUUUCCGCCUUGGUUAUCUGUCACACCCGUGAAUUGGCUUACCAAAUCCGUAACGAAUACUCUCGUUUCUCCAAGUAUAUGCCAGAUGUUAGAACUGAAGUUUUCUACGGUGGUAUUCCAAUUGCUAGAGACUUGGAAAAGUUGAAGAACAAGGACACUUGUCCUCACAUUGUUGUUGCUACCCCAGGUAGAUUGCACGCUUUGGUUAAGGAAAAGGCCAUUCGUUUGAACAACCUUAAGUCCUUUGUUAUUGAUGAAUGUGACAAGGUUUUGGAAGCCAUUGACAUGAGAAGAGAUGUCCAAGACAUUUUCCGUAACACUCCUCUUCAAAAGCAAGUUAUGAUGUUUUCUGCCACUUUAUCCCAAGAAAUCCGUCCUGUUUGUAAGAAGUUUAUGCAAAACCCAUUAGAAAUCUACGUUGAUGAUGAAGCUAAGUUGACCUUGCACGGUUUACAACAAUACUACAUCAAGUUGGAAGAAAAGGAAAAGAACAGAAAGUUAUCUGACUUGUUGGAUUCCUUGGAAUUUAACCAAGUUAUCAUUUUCGUCAAGUCUACUCAAAGAGCUAACGAAUUGAACAAGUUAUUGUGUGCUUGUAACUUCCCAUCUAUUGCUGUCCACUCCGGCUUGCCACAAGAAGAAAGAAUUGAAAGAUACAGAUCUUUCAAGGAAUUCAACAAGCGUAUUUGUGUUUCUACUGAUGUUUUCGGUAGAGGUAUUGAUAUCGAAAGAAUCAACUUGGCCAUUAACUACGAUUUACCAAACGAAGCUGACCAAUACUUGCACAGAGUUGGUAGAGCUGGUAGAUUCGGUACCAAGGGUUUGGCCAUUUCUUUGGUUGGAUCUAAGGAAGACGAAGAAGUUUUGGAAAAGAUUCAAUCCAGAUUCGAUGUUAAGAUUACCGAAUUCCCAGAAGAAGGUAUUGACCCAUCUACUUACAUGAACACCUAG